AUGGCCAAGAAAGGAGGAAAGAAGAACAAGAAGGGCAGCAAGCCCGUCGCCGCCGCUGCGGUAGACAACGUCAAGGACGUGGUUGAACCCGAUCACGAGACCAAUGACCAGAUCGAGCAAGCCGAAGGCCAGACUGAGGCCAUCGAGCAGACUGAGGCACCCGAGGCUGUAACACAGCCUACCGAAACCGUCGCUGAGCCCAGCAAGGCGCCCGAGGCCGUUCCCGCGGUCGAGACUCCCGCAACUGAGAUCCCAGCUGUGGAGGAGACCAAGGAAGCGGAGAUGAAGGAGGCCGUGAAGGCCGAGAAAGCUCUCGCGACAGAGAACCAGGGUACAGUCGAGGAGGCCGUGGAGAAAGCACAGGCCUCCAAGGCCGGCCAGAUGGGCGAGUUGGAAGCUGGCGCUGCCGCAGGCACUGCUGUUCUCCCCGAGACCACCACCAAGGAGCCCGUUUCCUCGGUCGCCGCGACCGGCGUUCCCGCAACAUUGGUCGAGCGUCCCAAGACCGCGGAAUCAACCACCGCCCCUGCUGCCGUUGCGCCCGAGCCCGUCGCCGCCCCUGCUGCACCCGAACCCAUUGCCGUUCCCGCUGUCGCUGCGCCCGAGCCUAUUGCCACCUCUCCCGAGAGUGAUGGCGCCCACCCCAAGCGCCCGUACGAGAAGCCCAUCUUCAACACCGAGGAGAACCUGAAGCCCCACAAGAUGCCCAAGACCGACGAGGAGCCGAUCGAGGCUACCAUCGACGAGGACAAGAAGACCAUUGAGACCUUGGCCGGUGUUGGACCCGCUUCAGCUGCUGUGCUCACAACCCCUGAGCCUGCGUCUGUUCAGGCUGAGGCACCCAAGGUUGCCGAGACUGCUAAGGUCGCUGAGACACCCAAGAUCGUCGAGGAGAAGAAGGCCGAGACACCUAAGGUUGCUGAGGAAAAGAAGGCCGUCGAGCCCGCCCCCAAGAGCCCCCCUCCUCAGUCCGGCGCCGGCAAGACUCCCUCCUCCCCUGUAGCAGUCGCCGCCGCGAACGCUGCCCUCCUCUCUUCCAUGGGCGACAAGGGCGACAAGGGCGCUGCUCCGACUGCUGCCAAGGAAGCCGAGCUUAAGAAGCCCGAGGCUGCCUUGAAGCGUGGCGAGGAGCCGCUGCCUAAGACUGAUGCCCCCAAGCCCGAGACCAAGGCUGAGCCUGUCGAGGAGGCUGGUAAGGCCCAGCCAGAGACUCAGAACACAUCUGAGACCGCAGCAGAGCAGGCCGAAAAGGCCGAGCAGGCUGAGAAGAAGAAGGGUGGGUUCCUGAACUGGUUGAAGCGCAAGUUCAAAUAA